AAGCUAGAGUGAUGAUUUCUGUAUUUCUGCAGAGCUACGUCAGAUGGGACGCGUCAAGGCCUGGAGGGCAUGAGGGGCGGAGUGUGUGCGACGCAAGGCAUGAAGGUGGUCCUGAAAGUGGGGCAGAGCCAAUAUGGACUGCCUCCGAAGAAGGAGCCUCCAGCGGGACGCACCACCAGCAGAAACCCAGGCGGAGCAGGGAACUCCACCCAGUCAAGAGGAACAGGCUUCGGGGGCGAGGGGGGUGAGAACGGGCCUCUCCAACCCUCCAACAUUGCCCUUAUCGCCGGCGCCGCGGGGGGCUCCGCCUUCCUGCUACUGGUGACGGCUGUGAUCUGCGUGGUGUGUUACCGGCGGAGGCACGCCAAACACUCCGACACCCACCACCCUCCGCUGUCGCUGUCCUCGCUCACCAGCCCCAAGCGAGGAGGGGGCGGGGGACUCGGCAGCUCCAACAACAACGGCUCCGAGCCCAGCGACAUCAUCAUCCCCCUGCGGACGUCAGACUCCGCCUACUGCCCGCACUACGAGAAGGUGAGCGGAGACUACGGACACCCCGUCUACAUCGUCCAGGAGAUGCCCCCCCAGAGCCCCGCCAACAUCUACUACAAAGUAUGAGACGGCCUGCUGCCGGCCGCCUGGACACAUCCUCCUCCCUCACCCUUUACCAACCAACCCCCUGCUCCCAAUGAAGACACAGCAAAGCUCGUCAUCACAGCUCCGACCCUGAACCCCUCAAUACUGUCCAGUAUUGUCCCAUGGAUCCCCCACUCACUGCCCCGUUAGCCCGGCCACAGUUGUGUUUCCAGCCACCCCCUCCCAUACUCACACAACUGGGCCACCAAGUGUGUGUUAGGGCAGUCGUAUUGCUACAUAGCCCUUAUUAACAAGGCCCUCACGAAGGGGCCAGAGCCUCUGAGUGCCCCCUUCUUGUCAACUCAGAGCUAAACGAGACCCACCCGUGCCGAUUUGAAGAGUCGUCCCCCGUAACGCCAGUGUGGGUAUGUGUGUGUGGCAGCACACUUUUUUCUAGGAGUAUGGACCUGACGUUGGGACUUGAGAUGUUUUGCAAAAGAGAAAAAGAGAAAGUAAAGGACUACAUUUAAAAAAAUAAACUGUACCCUUGAUACCACUUAGCACCGGAGAACUCUGAUUCCCAGAGGCCGUACCCGCCUAGCCCAGAGCCCCACCCCUCAGAACUCCAUCGGCCAAUCAGAGAUCGGCCCCUGCCACUAACUCACCAAUAGGAUUCUAGUUUGUUUGUGUUUGUUUCUCCUGAGAAAAUAGGGGUCCUAGAACUCACACAAUCAGCCAGCCCGGGCAGGCGGUCACAUGACCAGGCCCCGGCCUGAGGAGGUCUGACCAACGGUGACACUCAGAAUCUUGUAUAUUUUAAUAAUGUGUGUGUGUGACUGUGCGAGUGUGCAUACGACUUGGAUAAUAAUUAUGGCGCUGCUGCUCCACAUUAGCUGUGUGUGUGCAGUCGGUGUGCUUCAGUACAGCAAGUGUGCAUAUGAGUUUGCAUAUGCGUGCGUGGGAUUUAGUUCGUGUGUGUACGCUUCGUGUGUGAGUGACUGUGCGUAAGCGUGCGUUCCUUAGACUUGUCUUAAAUACCAAAACACAAAAUAGUGAGCGAAUAUCAAAAAAGUGAGAUUUUUUAUCGCUAUCAACACUUAUAGAUUAUAUAUAUGAAUAUCCAGUAAAUAAUUUCUAGAUGUUUUUUUUCUUUUUUUCUAUCGUUUUAUUAUUUGUACUCACUCUGUUAAACUACACUUGUGUUGCUAGACGUUUUUUGAUCUGCUGUUUUUGUUUUACAAAACUUAGAACGACCUUGUUUCCUUCUUUUUUUUUCAUUGCGUUGUAUAUUAAUUUAAUCCCUUUUUUAAUUUUCCCAGCGAACAGAGGUUGUGUCUCUCUUUCUCUUUUCCCCCUCUGUCAUUCACCCCCUCCCUCCCUCCAUCCCUCCUCCCCAUCCCCCUCACACCCUUCUAGGGUCUCUGAACUUUGUGUAUAUUUUUAUAGCUCCUUGUACUAUGCUGUAGUUUUGAAGUUUAGACCUCGUUUGUGGAAGUGUUGAGGUAGAACCAUCUAUGAAAGUAUUUUUUUUUUUUAAACGCUUUUUGAAACGCAAGAAGUGAAAGAAGCA